GUAAAUUCCAAACCCCCAAUCCUGACAAACUUCCAAACUAAACCACGGUUAAAAAAUAACCAACCCCGGUCACCCCUCCCUCUCUCUCUCUCCACCUCCUUCGCCGCACGAUUCGAACACGUGUCCCACCUCCAACGACGAGGAUCACCACUCUAUAUCUCACCCACGCUCCCAAACCCCUAUAUAACCUCACUUUCACCACUCCAACCCUGCACACAAUCGUACUACCAGUAAAAAAUCAAAAGCAUCCAAUCUAAUGGCAAACCCUAGAGUGUACUUUGAUCUGAGCAUCGGCAGCACGCCGGCCGGCCGCGUCGUCAUGGAGCUCUACGCCGACACCACCCCCAUCACCGCCGAGAACUUCCGCGCCCUCUGCACGGGCGAGAAGGGCGUCGGCAAGAGCGGCAAGCCCCUGCACUACAAGGGCUCCACCUUCCACCGCGUGAUCCCCGGGUUCAUGUGCCAGGGCGGCGACUUCACCGCCGGGAACGGCACAGGAGGCGAGUCGAUCUACGGCGCGAAGUUCGCCGACGAGAACUUCGUGAAGAAGCACACCGGGCCGGGGAUACUGUCGAUGGCGAACGCCGGGAAGAACACCAACGGCUCGCAGUUCUUUAUCUGCACGGAGCAGACGGCGUGGCUGGACGGGAAGCACGUGGUGUUCGGGCAGGUCGUGGAGGGGUUGGAUGUGAUCAGGGCGGUGGAGAAGGUGGGGAGCAGCAGCGGGUCUACCUCGAAGACCGUGAAGAUCGCCGAUUGCGGUCAGAUCUCGUGAUCUGGCCGUUGAUUUGUGGUCUGAUCUCGAAUGGUCUGAUCUGUCUGAGUGGAGUAGUUUUUAUCUACCUUCCUAACUAUCUUAUCUAGGGUUUGUGUUUUGUUUUGUUUCGUUUUGAGUCAAUGUCAUCUAGAUCGGGUCUAGGGUUUCAGUAGUGUGGUACUUUAAUUGGGGGUUGAAUGUAGUUUGCGUUUUUCUGGUUCAAUAAUUCUGGAAUAAAGAUUAGUGUUACUACUUCGUUUCCA